AAGGCUAGGUAUGCCAUUAAUUGCAGUGCCACAUAUACAUAUGUAAAAACUAAUAUGACCUCAUAAAAGAGCACCCAGCCUCACCACCCUCAGCAUAUAUACUUGCUUCUUGUUUUCUCUCCUUCAGCUGAUCAUCAACAUGGAGAGGGGAGAGUCCACAGUAAACCAUCACUUAACUCACCCAGAAUCUCUAGUCACAUGGGAGAUUAUCAGAGCGCGCCCUAACCAAGGGAAGGUGAAGAAGCGAGGCACUACAUGUGAUUUUUAUGGCCCAGAGUCUCCAGAAUAUGCCUCAUUGCUACCGGAAGGCUGGCUCGCCGAGAAGAGAGUCAUGCACCACGGGAGAAAAUAUAUGUAUUACUAUGAUCCGUUGGGGCACCAGUAUACCACAAAAAAGGAAGUCCAGAAGGCUAAGCAAGAAGCUACGGUUCAGAAUAUUGAGGUGCCAGCUAAAGCUGAGGAUAAUGCUGUCUCCAGCUUAAUUGAUUGAUAACUUCAUGAACUUUGAGUUGUGUAUACAUGUAACAAUAAGCAAUUCGGGAUGCAUAUAUGUAAGCAAUAAUCAAAUUGGAUAUGAGGAUUAACAAAACUUGGU